AUGGGACUCUCAAGAGUCUCCUCCAGCAUCAUAAUUCAAAAGCAUCAAUUCUUCGGCGAUCAGCCUUCUUUAUGGUCCAGCUCUCACUUCCAUACAUCACUACUGGCUCGGAGGAGUGCUGCCAGACAACAUUUCAUGCGUGUUCUUUCCAUGUUCCAGGUGUUUGGACUGCUUGCAGCGGCUGGGCUUCUGUUUGUGAUAAGAAUUCAUGUCAUGAAACCCUCCACUGCAGUUUCUCCGGGAGAGGAAGACGGGGUUCUCAACACCCACAAUAAUGACGACCGAAACACAGAAAGAGACAGAGUGAUUGAGAUGGACAGCAGCCCUAGAUGCAAUGAUUCAUGCAAGUAAGACAAGCAAAGAGGUUUUUUUUUCUGGGGUGUGUGUGUGUUUCCAGUGCCUUUUUUGGUCCCAGCAUAAGAAGUGCCCCUGCAGGAUGAGGCCAGUGGCCUAUUUAGUCCAGCAUCCUGUUCUCACAGUGGCCAACCAGAUGCCUAUGGGAAGCUCACAAAAAGGAACAGCACUCUCCCUAUUUGAAGUUCCCACCCACUGGCAGUCAGAGCCACACUGCCUUUGAGCGUGGAAUAAUAAUAAUAAUAAUAAUAAUAAUAAUAAUAAUAAUAAUGUAUUAUUUAUACCCCAGCCACCUGGCUGAGUUUCCCCAGCCACUCUGGGCGGCUUCCAAUCGAGUGUUAAAAACAGUACAGCAUUAAAUAUUAAAAACUUCCCUAAACAGGGCUGCCUUCAGAUGUCUUUUAAAGAUAAGAUAGCUGCUUAUUUCCUUCACCUCUGAAGGGAGGGCAUUCCACAGGGCGGGUGCCACUACCAAGAAGGCCCUUGGUAGUAACCUGUAACCUCACUUCUCUCAAUGAGGGAACUGCCAGAAGGCCCUUGGCGCUGGAUCUCAGAGUCUGGGAACAAUGGGGGUGGAGACGCUCCUUCAGAUAUACUGGGCCAAGGCCGUUUAGGGCUUUAAAGGUCAUCACCAAAACUUUGAAUUGUGCUUGGAAACGUACUGGGAGCCAAUGCAGAUCUCUCAGGACUGGUGUUAUGUGGUCCCGGCGGCCACUCCCACACUUGCUGUGACUAGUAGCCGCCAUCUUUCUCUUUUUAAAAUGUAAGUGUUGUGAAUGUGCCUGAUACAGCAUGUAAUAUUACUUCAUUUUAUUUUUUUAAUUGGCGCGUUUAUUUACGUAUUUGCAUAUUGACUUUCAUAGAACAUCCCAAGGCGGUGCACAAAAGAAAAUACGCAAUCGUUCAUUAAACACAUUAAAGCAGUGUUAAAAUCUUUGACAACUAAGAUACAACAGUGAUCCAGGGCAAAAGCAGCAUAAUUCCACCCCACAUAGGGUUGCCAUAGUUCAAAAAGUGAAAAACAGGACACCCCGAAAGUUGUUGAACUUUUUAAAAAUAAAAACACCCCAAAAAAUCCCAUGAUCUUUCGAUUGACUUGCCUGAGAUUCAGGACAAAGCGCCACCUUUUGGAAAUUCCCUCUGCCUUUGAAAUACCGGUAAUGUCUGAAAGAAACGAGACGUAUGGCUGUCCUAACUCACAGGAAUGACGUGGGAACAGAAAUAUGUCUUCAAAAGCCACUGGACCAUCCAAAAGUGUUGGGACUUUACAAGUUCAAGGCAGAAGUAAUUCCACAGAAAGGGGGCCACCACAGAGAAGGCCCUCUUCUCCUAGUCAAUACAAAAUCAAUACCAAUCUAUAAUAGAGAUACUGCCCUAAAUACACACACACACACACACACACACACACACACACACACACACUCAUUAUAGAGAAAAGUGUAUGUGAUUGAAUAAAGGAACUGAUCAAAAUUACAGCUGUCACCUAUAUUGGAAUGAAUUUGUUUUACAUACUCCUUCCUUCUCUAAUUUGGAUGUGAUAGGUUAAUUUUGGCAUAAUUGCAAAGCCUGGAACAUAGGAAGCUACCCUAUACGGAGUCAGAUCAUCGGUUCAUCUAGCUCAGUCUACACUGACAAUGGAAGUGGCUCUCCAGGGUUUUAGAUGAGAACAUUCCUAGCCCUACCUGGAGGUACUAGUGGUUGAGUCUGGAAUCUUCUAUGCGCCAAGCAGAUCCUCUGCCACUGGGCCUCAGCCCUUGUCCUGUGUGUGAGCAGCCAGACCAAGCGGAACAACACAUUUCUUUCAAUCUGAGGCAGCAGACAGCAUGUCUGUUACUAAGCCAAAGGGCAUCUUUUCUAUAUUAUCCUGUUCAUUUGUAAAUUACCCUGGAAUAAAUGUUUACGGAGGACUGAAUUCCUUCAGUCAAGGGUGGCCAAGCCUUUUCAGCCUGAGGGAUGUUUUAAGGGUUGGCCACCCCUCUGAUGGCUGUGUGCCAAAGAUGGCCGCCGCCAACCCACUGAUGUGCACACCAACUCUUGCUAUGCUUAUGACACACGAAAAUUGGCAGGCAGGCACACAAACAUCCAGGCAGGCAGAAAGCCUGGAAACACACACACACACACACACACACACACACACAGCAGAGGGAUGGCUGGACAAGUGUGGAGAACCUCAGCUCAGGGGCAGAAUGUGGCCCUCCAAGCCUGCCUAUCUGGCCCUUGAGACACUCCCCAGGCCACCACCCCUUUCUGCAGCCCUCUGACCUUGUUCUGGUCCCUCCCUGAGUGGCUGGAAUGCAUCACUGAACUCCUGAACUGGCUCUUUAGCACACAUUUAGCACACCAAGCAUGCACACGCUAGAAGGCUGAUUCUAACUUCCACUUCUCCUUUUUUUGUUUUAAGGCAGCUAAAAGUAAAAUAUAAUCUGGCAAGGGGACUCGACAUCUUGCCUUUUACACAAGCCAGUUUGAAAACAAUCCGGAAGGCUGGUUGGUCUGACAUUAUUAUGCAGAUGUGGCUAAUUCAGGAAAAAAUGUUACUAAGCUUUUCUCUCACCCUGAAGUCUACCCUGUGAACUGGGGACUUAGCUCAGGUUGUCUUGGCGGCAACUGUUUUGACUGCGAAGUAUUCUGCUACCCCUUCCCUCUCGCAGUUUCCAGCUAGUGGAAAGCCUUCCUUGGGACAUGCCUUAUGGACCAAACAGCAGUGCUGCAAAGUCUUUAUACCAAGCAUGGAUGGAGUUGUUAAAUAUAACCCAGGAAAGCAUUCACGUGGCUUCUUAUUAUUGGAGCUUGACUGGAGAAGACCUUGGAGUAAAUGACACAUCGUCUAAGCAGGUGAGAUAAGAAAGGGUUGUUUUUUAAUAAUACUGUAUUUUUCGCCCCAUAGGGCGCACCUAGUUUUUUGGGGGGGGGAAUAAAGAAAAAAAAAUUAUUUCCCCCCCAGGCGCGGGGCUGGGGCGGGGGAAGCCCGAGCUUCCCCCAACCCCAGAACAGGCUGCUAUCCGCAAGCCUAGGGAGCCCGGCAGGAAGUCGUGCCGGUCUCCCCAGGCUUGCGGAUAUCUGCCCGAAGCCCGGGGUGCGCUACUCAGCGUGCCCCGGGCUUUGGGAUGCAGGCAGCUCUCCACAAGCCUUGGGAGACUGGCGGGAACUCCCGCGGGCUCCCAAGGCUUGCGGAUAGCUUCCUGAAGCCUGGAGAGCGAGAGGGGUCGGUGCGCACCGACCCCUCUCACUCUCCAGGCUUCAGCAAAAGCCUGCAUUCGCCCCAUAGGACGCACACACACUUCCCCUUCAUUUUUGGAGGGCAAAAAAUACGGUAAUAAUAAUAAAAUCAGCAGCUGUGUGUAGGCAGCAUUUUAAAGGAUGGGAAGACUUUACCACCAUGUUGUUGACAAACCAACCAGUCUCGCAUCCCCUGAUCUGGAGGGAUAUUUCCCAUGCAGAAUUUGGCAUGUGCCGCCCCUCUUUCGAUACAAGGAAGUGAUUUGCCUUCUGUAGGGUGAAGAUGUUCUCAAGAAAUUUGAAAGCCUGCUUCUGAAGAAUGUGUCUGUGUUUAUUGCAACAAGUGUGCCAUCUAAGGCUAAACAUUCAACUGAUCUUGAAGCCCUGGAGAAAAGAGGUAACUGUUUAUUAAAAUACUUCUAUUCUGCCUUUUGGCAGAGCAGCCCCCCCCAACAGCAAACAACAUGAAAACAGUCAUAAAAUGCUUAUGACCCCCCCCACUCCCACUGAAACAACAUAAAAUCCAGCAACUAAAAAUCUUACACAAGAAUUAAUACACAAGUGUUAAACUGCAGGGCCUCUUAAAACUGCCAUAUCUUUGUUGCACACCAAAAGGUGAGCAAAGAGGGAACUAAAUGAAGCCUCCUAGUCAUGAUGACUCUGAAUGCUAGUUGCUGUUUUGUUAUUAUCUUUCAUAGAAUCGUGGAAACAUAUAAUUGUAGAGUUGGAAGGGACCACGAGGGUCAUCUAGUUCAACCCUCUACAGGAAUCUCAACUAGAUCAUACAUGGCAGAUGGCCAUCCAACAUCUGCUUAAAAACCUCCAAGGAAGGAGAGACUCCCCCAAGGGAGUCCAUUCCUCUGUCCAACUGCUCUUACUAUCAGAUACCGUAGUUCUUCGUGAUGUUUAGUCAGAAUCUCUCUUGAAUCCAUUGGUUCAAGUCCUAACAUCUAGAGCAGGAGAAAACAAGCUUGCUCCAUCCUCCAUGUGGCUGCCCUUGAGAUAUUUGAAGACCACCAUCAUAGCUCCUCUCAGUGUCUUCUUCUCCAGGCUAAACAUACCCAACUCUCUCAACUGUUCCUCAUAAGGCUUGGUUUCCAGAUCCUUCUGAGAUCAACAGUCUUACUACGUGCCUCAGUCCCACAACUCUGUAGGGGGUAUUUAGUGAAUUUGCAUAAGGGCUUCCAUUGAAGUAAAUGUGUGUUACGGCUUGAGAGCAGCUCAAGAAACUGUUCUUUCAUCUCUUAAAAAACAACAACAUUUUUUCCAUAGGAGCCCACAUAAAAAGGAUUAAUUUUGGACAGCUCACCCAAGGUGUCAUGCACACCAAAUUCUGGAUUGUAGAUAUGAAACACGUAUUUCUUGGUAGUGCCAACAUAGACUGGAGAGCCCUGACUCAGGUGAGAGAUUUCAGGCUAUUAAGCUGAAGCGGCACAGGGAUGGGAGUGGGGAGACUGAGUUCACAAUACUUAAUGAGAAGACAAAAUUUGCGUGGAAACAUCCUGAGAACCAGUUCUGUUAAGACAGGUGAUUUUAUUUGGGGAGAACAUAAAAACUUAUUACCUGGCCAAGCUCAGUUGUCUUCUUUCCUUCCAGCUGUCGGAACAUUUCGUUAGUCUUAUACUAUCUAUCUAAAGAUGCAAACGAGCUUGUCCUACAUUUGUGUUUCUAACCAUAGCCACUCAAGUUGUUACGCUACGUCAGUAGUUUUCAGAUUUUUCUGCCUUGAGGGGACGCUUUCCAGGUUGCCUGCCAAGGCACUGCUCCAGCUUGGCUGUGUGUUGAACAGGAUUCUGGGUACACACUCCAUUCACACAUGGUAUUGCUAUGGUUCUUGGGCCACUGUCAUCCUGUGCCAACUAAGGGCCAAACUUGACAUGAUGUGGUAGAUCUGCAAAUUGAAUUUUUAAAGCGCUACUAGUUGCAGGGCAGUUUGGAUUGGGAGUAUGGCAUUGAGGGAAAACUGCCUAAUCCCUUCCCCUGCACUAUUUCCCCAUACCGUAUGGUUAACUCUCCUUUCCCAAAUGCUCUGGUCCACCCAGAUCUCCAAUGUCACACCCACUUGGGACGUCAGAUUGCACCUUUGCAGCAGAGGCGCUUGGUGCACUUGCACCGGGCGCUGCCCUGCAGACGGGCACCAAAACAAUGCUGUAGAACAGAGUACGAGAGGUGGGGUGGUGGGUGGACACUGAAUUAUAGUGUCGAACAGGGCACUGCUGAAAUCUGAGAGCCCAAUUCUGCCGCUGUUUGGAGACACCCAACACCCCUCUAUGGUUGCAUGUUAUGGAGAAAGAUCAGUUUUAGUGGGCAGGUUUAUCCUUCAGGAAAGCUAGUCCACUGCUCUUUCCAUGAAGAUGGAGUGAUUAGGUAAAGAGAGAGAGAGAGAGCAGAGGUGUUCUUUAAUAGUUUUAUAGAAGAGGGAAUUUCAACAGGCCUAGCUUCUCAUGCAGCUAUCAAGUGUACAAGAGAGCUCUUUGGUAUUUGGGGUUACCCUACUUGGAUGACUCCUGACAAGUUCCUGAGAACUCAAGAGUUCUAAUAUUCCACACACAUUAUCAUAGGAAGCUGCCUUGUGAUCAGGCUGGUUGCCUGUAUAGCACAGUACUGCCUACUCAGACUGGCAGCAGCUCUCCAAGUUACGAUCCCCAGAACCCAGGUUGUGCUAUGUGACUGCAGAGGUGUUGAACUGCUGAGCUCCGAAGCACUUGUAAAAGGGCAUUUCCGCUUUCUGUAUUUUGCUCUAUGAUUUCAUUCAAACUUAUGCCCUUUCUAGAUAUAUUACCACACCAGUACAAAGAAGGAGUGAAAGCAACAAUUUCCGCCCCCCUUCCCAACAGGUGGGUGGGGUUUGCGACACCGAGGAGGCUUACCUGGUCUGGUGCCUCCCAGCUGGGUCAGGGUGGCUAUCGUCCCGCCUCCGGCCUGGGAGAACAAUGGACGGCCAGCUGGGGGUGGGGCGAAGGCCAAUUGAAAGAGGCCGACCCCUUUGGCCAAACCUCACUUUGUUUCUUCCUCUUCCAGGUUUGGUUUGGAAUAUUGGUCUCCAGUUUCUCUCUUUCUGCAGGUGAAAGAAGUGGGGGUUUUGAUCAGCAACUGCAGCUGCUUAGCUAAGGAUCUCUGGAAAACCUUCAAAACCUACUGGGAUCUUGGGGAAGCAAACGCCACCAUCCCAUCUCCAUGGCCGAGCAAUUAUUCUACCAAUAUCAACAGCUACAGUCCUUUGGAAGUGCAGUUAAAUGGAACAAGCACUGAAGCUUAUUUUUCUGUAAGCAGACAGUUCCUAAGCAUGUUUUCCUCAGAUUAACCCCACUGAAUUCAGUGGGAUUUACUCUCUACUAAGUGUGCAUAGGAUUACAAUGAAACCUUCUGUAGGAAAUGUUUAUUCUCAUUGAAAAAACUUGGGGAUCAAUAGAUGAUGUAGUAAUUAAACUUCUCCUUUGCUCUAGGCUUCUCCUGCUUCCUUUUGUCCAGGGGGUCGCACCUUUGAUCUCGUGGCAGUUCUCGAUGUUAUCUACGAUGCAGAAAAAUUUGUCUAUGUCUCCAUGAUGGAUUACUUCCCUACAAGCCGCUUCAGACAACCGCCAAGGUAUGAAGUGAAACCUGAAUAUAUGUGCACCCUUUUAUAUUCUUAGCUAAAUGCUAAUUAGUUGUAUAGGGACGCAGGUGGCGCUGUGGGUUAAACCACAGAGUCUAGGACUUGCUGAUCAGAAGGUUGGCGGUUUGAAUCCCCGCGAUGGGCUGAGCGUCCAUUGCUCGGUCCCUGCUCCUGCCAACCUAGCAGUUCGAAAGCACAUCAAAGUGCAAGCAGAUAAAUAGGUACCGCUCCAGCGGGAAGGUAAAUGGCGUUUCCGUGCGCUGCUCUGGUUCGCCAGAAGCGGCUUAGUCAUGCUGGCCACAUGACCCGGAAGCUGUACGCUGGCUCCCUCGGCCAAUAAAGCGAGAUGAGCGCCGCAAUCCCAGAGUCGGUCACGACUGGACUGGUCAGGGGUCCCUUUACCUUUACCUUUAAUUAGUUGUUGCAGCUCCCUGCACCAUCAGCUCUAAAUUACACAGGUUUUGGGGUGUCGCACUGUAAAAGCAAUGCAGGUCAGCCUGGGCUUCAUGGGACAAUAAUGUAGUGAAAGACAGCUAGCUAGCACCAGAAGCUGUUACUUCUCUGCUUUAGUAGGAAGCCCAAACCAAAUAGUUCUUGUGUCUAUAAAGCUCCCCAUUGAUCGUUUUACAAGCGUUUGUGGCUGCUGUUCACUUGGACUGGUGAGGUGUAAGGCAGGAAGCCAACAGUAGGUGGAGCCAGAGCCAAUGCUAGGCAGAGCCAAUGAAUUAUAGUUUCCUUCCCAUCCUCCUCCCAAGUUCUACAAGGGCAACUGAGAUGGAGGAGGAGGAAGCUGACAGCUAGUACCACCCUCUGGCUUGGUUGUAAGUAAGAAGGCAGGUAGGUGGGGGGCUGAAACUGAGGUUAAUGGGGCAGUACCCAUUUGCCCUUAUGGUCCAACCUUCACUAAUUACAAUGUUGUUUUUGUAGAUACUGGCCACCCAUCGACAAUGCUCUGAGAAGUGUGGCGUUACGCCAAAAUAUACACAUACGGCUUUUAAUCAACUGCUGGGUCCAUACUGAUUCUUCCAUGUUUCGUUUCUUGGAGUCACUGAGUGUCCUUAGUGAUCAACAUGCCAACAUCACAAUCGAAGUGGUAAAAGAAGCAUGCUUUUGGGCCAUGGGCUCCUUACAGAUGCACAUGUGUCAUGUUCCUGGUAUUGACAGUGACUUAUGUAGCUUGUACACCAAGUUUUAAGGGUCUUUUCUGGGUCAUAUAUCAAAGUGUCAAAUGUGAACAUGACAACCCUCAGACUCUGUUGCUUUUUCUGCACCUAUAAUGCCAACUUUUUAAAAAUCUACACUGGCUAGAGCUAGAAUGCAGUUUUAAAAUGCUUUCCUUCUGUUUCCUAUCCAUGUAGGAUCUCUUCCCAUAGGAAUAGUGGGAGUGAUGCUCACAUGCACUUUUUGUGUUGUGUGUGCUAAUGCCACAAGAACGAAAGAGGAAGUGUUACAUUGCUGGAUGGGGGAAAAUCUCAGGAUGAAAUGAGCUGAAAAGUUAUUUCUCCCUACUGUAAAAACUGUAAACUUAGGUAUUAGCAAUGAUGUUGGGCAAAUGUCAACAACCCAAUUAAUAAAUUUUAAAAUGUAAGCAAACUUAUAGAUCGCUAAACCUAAAGUGUGUCCCCCCCCCCAGCAGGAAAUAAACCACAAUUUAAUAAACAAAAAUUUCUUCUCACAGUUGAGAAGAAAAAAUAAAUUUUGGUUAAAAUUAGUAAUACGGAUCGUUUCCCAUUCCUCCUCAUGUAGCAGAGCCAAAAUGGUUUUAAAAAUAAAUGAGCUUAAAGCACAUUGGUACAUGUGCUUUACAUCCAGGUUAAAAAGCUGUGUUGAUAUGGGUUUUCACCGUGUAGAUAUAAAUGGCAAUUUUACCACAUGAUGUGCAGUAAAAUCUUUCUUGCUCUUUGACAGGAUGAUACAGAUAGUGACUACAGACAGUGUCUCUGCACAUAUAUUUUAGCCUAACAUCCUUUUUUGUAAACCACAUUGAAGUUUUUUUUUCUACAAGCAAGUGGUAUAUCAAUUUUAUGAAAUAAAUACAUCCUCUUUCGUUAGCCAUGCCGCCAUGGAAGUUGCAGUGGAGGGCCCCACGUUGUCUACCUCUGCUUGACACUACAAAUGACCAAUUCAGUCACGGCCAUCUGAUCUGUGGUAAAAAAACCUCUUUACCGUUUGACAGGACAACCGUCUUGGUUUGGCCAUGUUAUGUACUGAAGUUCUCACCCUGGGCCAGCAGGGGGAUACUGUAGAUAGUUAUGCAAAUGAAGGAUCGAAAGUGAGGUUCAGUGAUUGGAUAGUUGUAUGCAAAUGAAGGAUCGAAAGUGACGUUCAGUGAUUGGAUAGUUUUAGAAAGUUGCUACAGUUACGUUGUUCUGGAGCUCUAUAUAAGCAGGCUGACUGAGCUCUGCUCUGGCCUCAGAAAAAAGAAGAGCUGUUUGAAGAAUUGCUGUGUCGUCUGAUAUGUUCGCCCACAACUUAACAGGCCACUGACAGAAUCGGAGAGUGGCAGAAGGUCUUGCUGGCCAUCCAUUUAGUCUCUGCUUGAAGAUAUCCAGUGACCAGUGCUUUUUUUUCCCCUUGAAAAAGAGGUGCAGGUACUCACCAUGAAGUUAUUACAGUUAAGUGCCACACUUUUUAACAACAACAAAAAGAGAUGCUAGUACUGCGUACCUUUGAGUACGCCCGGGGGAAAAGCACUGUCAGUGAUGAAGAGCCUACGUCCUCUCUAGGGAACCAUUGGUUCCAUUGGCAAACCAGGAUUCUCCUAAAGUUCAACCAAAAUCUAUCCUCCGGUAGCUCAAGCCCAUUAGAUGAAGUCCUGCCAUCUGCGAUAGCAGAGAACAAGUAUUUGCCCUCUUUUAUGAGACAGCUCUUUUUAUGUUUGAAGAGUGCUUCUUCAGGCUGAAUACAACAAAGUCUUCCAAGCUUUCCUCAUAGGUCUUCUUUCCCAUAGAGUUGACCAUCUUUGUUGCCCUCCUCAUCUGUGCCAAUUGAGAUGAUGUGCACCCAAAAGGCACUAUUAAAUGCAAAGCUCUCUUAUAAUUUUUAGCAGUGGGUUUUUCCUUUUUCUUUUACUGGCGAAUGGAAGUGGAAAGUCUACUCUAGCUUAGCCAAAAGCUAUUCCUAUUUUAUUUCCAUUACUUGGGAAAGGCAGGCAAUUGUGGGAAACUCAUAAAGUCAUCUGUGUUUAAUUCCCACUCAUUGUAGACAUGUUUUUAUAUUUACAUCUUACCAGAAAAUCUUCACUGUUCCAGUUGGAAAUCACACAAACAUCCCCUUUGCAAGGCUGAAUCACAGCAAAUAUAUGGUGACUGACAAGGCAGUCUAUAUUGGUAAGUGUUGUGGCCUGGUAGAGACUGUGGUUUGUGUAGAAGUCAGCUAUACAGCUGCAAAUAUAACAAUUUAAGCGCAUUAUACAAAUGCAGUGCUUUUUUCUAAAAAUUGUUUAGGGGUACUUUCAUUUUCCUACUCAUAUUGAAAUACCGCCCCUCAAAUAGGCCAAACGUAGAUUCACAAAAUGUUUAGAGGUAUGCGUCCUCCUGCGUCCCCCCAGUAAAAAAGCAUGUACAAAUGUGGCACUAGAUGGCGAUGGUGAGCUUAUGGCAAAUUCAAUAUAUUUUUCAAAAUGUUUAGAUUCUACCCUAAAGCACAUUGCAAGAAUCAAGUCUUGAGGUUACUAGGGCAUGAAUCACCACGUCCAAGAAUAGCCAUAAGCUGGUAAAAAGCACUCCUAGUAAUUCACAUUAGUUUUGAGGGUCCUUAUGGGUUUUUCUUGACACUGGAUCCUGCCUGUUUCAAUCUCUUUCCUCUCCCUCUUCCUUGAACUCUGCAGCUUUUGCUUCAAGUGAAUAUUCUAACAAUAGUGCUUUCAAUUGUUUGAAACCAGAAGACUUAUACGUUUGCCAUAACGGGGAAAUUUGAGCUUUUUUGGGGGGUGGGUGACUAGAUAAAUUAAAAUCGCACCCUUAUAUACACUGCACUUUAUACAUCUCUAGGAACUUCUAACUGGUCAGAAGAAUACUUCAGCAUCACGGCAGGUGUGGGACUGGUUGCCAAGCAGUCUUCAGCAGACGCCACAAAGAGAAACCCUACCAUACAGGAGCAACUGAGGGCUCUCUUUGAACGAGACUGGAAUUCCAAAUAUUCGGUAAAAAUGGAAGACCUGCCAGGGCAGAAAGACUGUGCUUGGGAAGAUGGAUUUAAAAGUUCUUUUAAAAGCUAA